AUGAAGCUCCUAGGAUCCAAAGCAAUUGAUUCCUUCUUGAAUGAUCUAACCCCAGAUCGUAUUCACGGUUUCCAAAAUGUUAUGUUGGGUGCCUUGAAACAAUAUAAAGAGGAUCCUUCUAUAAUUCCACCUCGAACUGUUUCAUCCAAAGGCAAUACUACUCAUUUGUUUAUGCCUUCAUUAGGGUCUGAUGUUGGUAUGAAACUAAUUACCGGCUCUCCGAGUGGUUUCAAAGGAGCAACAUUGAUCAUUGACCCUAUUGACGGAGCGCCAAUUGGUCUUAUUGAUGGUGCAAUCGUCACUGCUUUUAGAACAGCCUUAUGUUCAACUAUCCCAUUAGUGAACGUUUUACCCCUUGAUUCAAAGGACGAACAUUCAAUUCCUAAAAAAAUCUUUGUGAACGGUGUUGGUGCCCAAGCAUAUUGGCAUAUAAAAUUAACUCUAAUACUUUAUUCAAAUUCCAUCAAUGAAGUUUUCAUUUGUAAUAGAACCUUGUCUAAAGCUGAAGCCCUUUGCUCUUCACUUUCCCACCAGUAUGACAAAGUUAAAUUUACCCCUGUCCCUGUAGAGGAUAGCGACUCGAUCAAAAAUGCUUACAAGGAAGUAUCCAUAGUGUACGGUUGUGUUCCAACUACAUCCCCAGGAAUUCUUAAGGAAUAUAUCGAUCAAUCCAAUAAGAAAAUCUACAUAUCAGUUAUCGGAAGUUAUAAACCUCAUAUGACAGAGGUUGACAGUAAAAUAGUCGGCAAUAUCCUUGAGUCAAACAGAAAGAUUAUCGUUGAUUCAAAAGAACAUGCUGGUCACGAAGCUGGUGAGCUUAUUCAAAAUAAUGUCAAAGAAGAAAAUUUAGUAGAAGUUUAUGACUUUUAUCAAGGAAAGGAUGAAAACGAAUCCAAUAUAACUCUUUGUAAAUUAGUGGGCUUGAGUAUAAUGGACAUUACAAUUGGAGCCGAGUUAUUACGUCUUUGUCCCGGUCUUGAAGUUGACUUUUAA